CCAGUAGGUGGCAGUCAUUCAUUAUAGUUGGGUUUCAUUUUUCAAACAUUAAUGUGGUUGCUAUGACAAAUAGAAACGUUUGGAAAAAUUCGGAAAAAGGAUCUUGUAGUGACUGAAAUUAGUUGGCAGGUUGGUUAAGCUAACACUGGAAUUACUUGUUUUGUUGGCAUUAGGCAAGUUCACAUUUGGAAUGACGAGUUGGACGACUUUAUGACGACUUUAUGUAAAAAUAGGCUAUAAUGAAUGCACCGCCAAACCAUCUUGUCAGUUAUAUGAAGGAAGAUUUCAAGAAGUUGAAUUAUAGUGAGUGGGAGAGAUGCAACAGCAGGGAUUUGUAUCGGAACAAAAAAAAGUCCCCUCCCUGGGUGAUAUUGCCCUCAGUUACCAACAAGACUACUGGCUUCACAAGUGAGCAGAAACCAGCCACAAGGCAAAAGCACAGUGGAACAACCUCACCUCCCACCCAUAAGAAAACCCCAACUGAUAGGUCAGGCAAGUCCCAUCGAAACAUUGUCCAAGCAGAGUCUGCCCUGUCAUAUUUGGGUCGACUCAGUCAUCAGAGGAGUAAAGGAACAGUCCAUCUGGACCCAAUCUCUUUGAAGAAAAAAGAAAAUAUAAAAACAUUAAAGUUGCUGAUCAUGUCUAGGAAGAAGGCUCUAUUGGAGCUGGAGGAGCACUGUGCAUCCAUUCAGGAGAGCAAUGUCCGCAUGGCUGGGGUGAUAGAGAACACAGACAGACACUCGGUUUCCAGUGCCAGGGAAUUCCUAAUCCGUCAUGAGAAACUAGGGAGUUUGAUAGCUGCUUUCAAUGACUGGAGCCUCUGUCAGACUGGACAGGCCAAGACAGAGCUCAGGGAUGCUGCAGAUGCUGCGAAUAACACUCUCUGGGGUCUCCAUGAACAGCUGAGAGGCGUAAAAGCGGAGCUAGUUAAGGCCCAAGCGGAGCUCCACACUCUGAAGACCUACAAGGACAAAGAAUACCCCAUCAAGGCCCUGCGUAUCGCUGAGAUGAAGAGAGAUGUCGAGAAACUCAAAGAGACACAGCAGGAGGAGUAUGAGGAUGUGAAACUUCUGUGCCAGACAGAGAUGUUGAACCUAAAGAGGCGAUCCCAACAAAAAGAGCAGGAAGUACUCUCUCUGAUUGCCAUGCAAAAUGUUUCAUAUAUUCCUUGUGUGGUCAAAAUGAUGGCGUCACAUAAUCAGACACUGAAGAAAGAGAUUGUAAUACAUAAAAAGGAAAUAGCUGAACUGGAGCAUAAAAACCAAGAUCUUAUCAAAAGUAUCCAGGAACUUCAAUUAUCACGGGCAGACUUUAGGAAAGAGAUCUUCCGAGACGUUUUCCCCAAAUCAGAGAAAUGCACCCCGGAUAUGGACGUGAUCUUAAACAUCCCAUGUGAGGACUGGCUCCCCAUUUAAACGUGAUAAGGAGAAACCCUGCUGGUGUGUCCUCGCUGGGGUCUUUUUGGUACACACCCCAGACUGUUGGUUACAGCACACUGAUACUACUCAAGGUUGACCAAAAAACGUGUCUUUCUAAUGAAUACCAUGGUUCACAUUUAUUUCAGAGGCAAAGCAACUUCAAUAAAUAACAUGUUGAUUUCUCUGUGGUGGAAACCGAUGGACAAAAUCCAUUUAGCAUGCAGUUUGUUUUCAUUCAUGUAUAUGGCCCAUAAUUGGCACUUGAAUACAUUUUACUGCUCAUUAUCACAUUUGUUAGUGUACACGUCUUCCCGAAAACAUUUUGAGUAGAUUUUGCGCUAUUCAAAAUCUCCUCAGAAUCUAUUAAUGUAGUUUUAGGAAGUUUCUGACUGCAAUUCACUUAAUUGCCUAAAUGCAUUAUGGUGUUUUUGGCCACUUUUUGUAAAAGUGGUGCUGUCGAGCCAAAUCAGGUUACCAAACAAUUGUCUACUAUGCCAUGCCAAUAAUGUGCCAUGUCAUAAAAACCAGUCACUUUCAAACUUGGAACUUCAUGGUUAAUUGAGGCAUGAUAGUGAGUCUACUUGUAGACUAUGCAUGGAUAAACAACAUAUUACCCAUCCAGUUCAAAAUGAAAUGCUUUAAAAAUGGGUUUGUGAUUUGCAAAAAGUUCCAGACUGGGAAAUAAGCUGACUUUAUAAACAGUGCAGUGUCUUCAUCAGA